GCCAUUUGACGCUUAAUUUUUUGGAGUGUCGUUAAUAAAACGAACCAAACGCACGAAAUUUGGCUGUAAUUCUUCAUGAUGACGUGUUUUUAAAGAACUUUCAAUUUAUAAAAGCCGAAUUGUUUCCACACCGGAAGUCAGUUCUAUCACUAACCAGUUUUACUCGCGACUAGAAGUUGAAGGACUUACAAAAAUGUGUUUUUUUGGCCUAUCAAAACUUCUAUUAAUAAACAACAGAACUUGACCCCAGUUAAGGCAGUUAGUUCUUAGUCAAGGAUAUCUGAGACAUUUGACGGUUAAGUUGGCUUGCUUAUUUGACUGUCGACGGUUGAUAUUUUGGCUAUUUUACGGUUGACGGUUAACCCCGCUGAGACCCUCUUUCAAAUGCUUUGAAGAAAAAAAACUUGAAAUGCCGAUUUGAGGGUGAAUGUAUUUUUGAGGUGUUUUGCUUUUGUCUAAUGUAUAGAGAUAUAUAUGUAUAUUUUUUAAUAGCUCAGUUACCAAUACGUCUCGACUGCCCGGAAAUUGGAUCAAAGCGUAAAAGACAAGCCUUUUUAAAUCAUAUUGAAGAAAGAUACUUUGCGGUCUAUAAUCCAUCUACCCGUGAAGAAUAUAACGCGUUUUUUGAUUACAUGGAAACUACUCGAGAACUGAUUAUCAUCGAUGCUGAGGAAGGAAGCUUGAUCAUCACGGUUGGGUGUAGAUCUGUACAAAUACUAGAGGGCUUGUGGAAUGACUAUCGAGAAGGACACCUUGGUGAAAUGGUUCAGAAAUACCUUGUGACGGAUGAGAUUCUGAAUGAGUUUGGCCUCUCUGAGGUAAAACUUACAACCGACAUUUCAGAGGAGGAGUACAGACGUUGUCCGCAAGACUUAGAGUUGUAUUCGGAACUUGAACAGAAACUUGCAGUUGUCAAAGGUUUUCGAGAUGGACUUCAGGAGAACUUCCUCGCCUGGGAUCGUAUGAGAGAAAGUAAUGUAGCUUUGCUGAGAGAAUUUUCUACAAAACUGCGUAACUUUCCUCCCAGAAGAGCAGGAUUCAUGGGGGCUCUUUUCGGAACAGUAGCUGCGGCUUUAACCUCGGGGCCAUUAUUGGUUGGUGCAGCUGCUGCAGCUGGUGUAGGAGCGGCGGGGGCCGUAUUUAAUAAAUGGAAUAUGCAAAGGAAGGCAAAAGAAGAAAUCAUCAAAGAAAGAAAGGUCUUCGACGAACUACAGCCCAAUGCAGACUCCCUCAAAAAGCCUUUGGCCGGCCUGGCCGAUUUCUGUCAAAAGCAUACUGAUUCGGUCCUGUCUAGCAGGCAUCUUGAAGGUGAAUUCCACCUGUUAUCUCGCAUGCUACAAAAGCAAGAACCAGAGGAUCCUAAAAGUACUGAAGGUCGGAAACUGGCAAAUUUUAUUAAAGACGAAGUGGAGAAACACUAUACGAGUAUACGUCAACCGCUGGAACUCUUAUCUACGUCGCAAAAUCAUGAAGAAAUUUCAGAGAAUAUAUGCAGAAUCCUAGAGCAACUAAAAGUUGGCCCUGGAGAACAAGAGAUUCGGGCAAUGAUCUCUAGUUUUAUCGAAAAAGAGUUCGCGGAUAAUUUUUUUUCACGAGAUUAAUAAGUUUGAGUAAAAGCACUAAUUUUUAGCUAUGUAGAGGAGAAAUUCUGAAUGCUGAUUUGAAGAGUUUGAAGCAGGCAGUUUUAUAACAACAUUUUAUGCCUGAAAUUUACUUCUCCAGCUUUCCUUAUUAUUGAUAAACAAUUUUAUGACAUUGUACCUUGUUCUUGGACACUAUACUGAAAACGUUUUGAUUGAAUACUGUACAGAUACUAGUUGGGGACUGGUUAUUGUUUAUCGCCGGGGAGGGGGAAGGGGUCUUUUUGUUGUGCCACGUUAAAAUCGUCCUGAUCCUCCCAAAAUGGUCAUAAUGCUCUGUAAUGUACUCAUGACCCCCCCAUUUUCAUUUGCAAUCAUUAAUUAGCAGUCAGUUUUCUACAGUCCUCCCCCCUCUCUAUGUUCUGUUGUUGACGACUCGUCCCCCCUCUCCCCCGGCGACAAAUGAUAUAGUGUUAUCCGCCUGUUCUUUCGACUCUUUUUUUUCCGUGAAGUUAUUCUUUGGUUUUUUUAGAGCAUCUUAGCUCAUGCUCAUGAACAACUUUGUUGUCGAUGAAAACGUAGAUAAAUAAAUGAAUAGAUAAAUUCGGUGAACGACACAAGUCUAAAUAAUUAGGUAAUUUACUAAGCGACCAUUCAUCAUCUAUCGCCAGGGGAAGGGUCGGAGGAUUUUGGAUUUUUAGUUUUCGAGGGCAAAGGAGUGGAGAUCAAUUCGCUAACAGAGUAUAAAGGGGAGACUGCCAAUGAGGGGAUAGUCAUUACAAUACUACAGAGCCCUCGCGGGGGUCAGGUAAAUUUUAUUGCGACACGACCAGUCUUCCACCUUUCCCCCAACCACCCUCCCCCUUAGUUGGAAUUAAUGACCGGCCCCCAAGGGGCUGACCAUUAUCUCUCUGGAGGGGGGUAUGAGAAAUUUUCUUUUGCAAACAUAUUUUUAAACAUAUACGUCUCUGCAAACAACUUUAGAGUGUAAUGAAUUUUCAUUAGCUUCCCUUGGGAUAGUAGAACCCAGUUUGGGAUAGUAGAACCCUGCUGAUAGUAGAACCCAGGCUCGGCUAUUAUAUAACAAUAUUUGUCAAUUCAAAGAUCUUCAAACAUAUCUAUUACAACAUUGGAACUUUGUAUUUUUUAAAAAGAUGCAAUUUAGAGUGUAAAAUAGUGUGAUUUGUGAAUAAAUUGCACCAGUGAGAGCCAA